UGGAGAAAGCAAGAUUAGGAAGUCGCUGCUUUUUGCUCCGAGGGAAGCUUGGGCGGACAACUUAAUGCCUACUCAGAGUGGUUUACAAAGUAUGCCAUUUUAUCCCCACAACAAACACCCUGCAAGCAUCCUUUGGCCAUGUGGCUCUGGUUGGCACUUGCAGCAGGCCUCUAUUUUAUGCUCCGAUGGUUUCGUGGCAAGCAGAUCUUGAGCAACCUGACGGACAAGUACGUCUUCAUAACUGGCUGCGACUCUGGCUUUGGGAACUUGCUAGCCAGACAACUGGAUUGCCGGGGCCUGCACGUGUUGGCAGCCUGUUUCACGCCACAGGGAGCAGAGAAGCUAAAGGAGCACACUUCGGAACGGGUGCAAACCAUCAUCUUGGAUGUCUGCAGCACUGAAAGUGUGGCCAGAGCGACAGAAUGGGUAAAAAGCCAGGUUGGCGACAAAGGACUUUGGGGGUUGGUGAAUAAUGCAGGUAUCUCCAUCCCAACAGCCAGCAAUGAUUGGCUGACCAAGGAACACUUCAGGAAAAUUAUGGAUGUCAAUUUUCUUGGGGUGGUGGACGUGACGCUACAUAUGAUGCCUUUGUUAAGAAAAGCCAGAGGAAGGGUGGUCAACGUGGCCAGCGUCAUGGGACGGCUCUCCUUCUUUGGAGGUGGUUACUGCCCUUCAAAAUAUGCAGUCGAGGCUUUCUCUGACAGUCUCAGGCGUGAGAACUUCUCCUUUGGAGUGAAGGUCUGCAUAAUUGAGCCAGGCUACUUCAAAACGACGGUCACAAAUGAAGAUAUUGUCAGUGAAAACUUCAAGGGCCUCUGGGAACAGCUCCCUGAUGAGACCAAGGAAGUGUAUGGGGAACCUUUCUUACAGGCCAUACUUAAAUCGGUCUCUGUAAUGCACUCCCGCUGCAAUUCCAACCUGAGGCUGGUGACUGACGCCAUGGAGCACGGUCUGAUUGCUGUUCACCCUUGCACCCGUUAUUCAGCCGGCUGGGAUGCCAAACUCUUUUAUCUUCCUCUGAGCUACAUGCCAUCGUGGUUGGCAGACAUGGUGCUUACCUGGUCUUAUCCAAAACCAUCACAGAGCAAAUAGAGUCAUGGGACCAUUCAGUGUAAGCAGUAGAAUUUGCAGAGGGCUAGAAAUCUCACUGUGUGAUGCUUCAGAAAUAUUGCCAGCAUUUGAAGAAUGCUGUGAUGUUAGUGGAGGGGUUUGGAGGGGGGGCAUUUCUCUGGUGCCCUUUAAUAGGAAUUUUUUUCCAACCUGUAUCCCACAUUAGCUUCCUGCUGUUGGAUAAUAGAAGGGUAUGUGGGACCAAUGCCUUGGUAUUUCCCCCAGAGUUUCCCUAGCUGCAUCCGCACAUUGUUGGCUGUUGCAUUUUCCCUACACUUUAGCAAAUUGGACUUUUCUGUCUUGACAAACCAGGACAGAUACAGACGCUUGCCAUAGCACAUGGAUUGCAUUCGUGUGUCGAUGACUGGGGAAGGAAAUGGCAAACCACCCUGUAAAAAGUCUGCCAAGAAAACGUCGUGAUGUGACGUCCCCCCAAGGGUCAGUAAUGACUCGGGGCUUGCACACUGAGCCACCCCCCUUGCCUCCUGGAGCAGAUUCAGUCUUUGUCAAGUCUCUUCUUACAGUUUUUUGGGGGUUCCUUUUUUCAACCGAUUUAUAAAGUCAUAUUGGGAUGCAUACUUGGGAAAUCCCACAAAUAGAACCCCCUUGUUCAUCUGCGGGUAUACCCAUUUGUGAUGCUUUUGGGGUUGGCAUACGAAUGCUGGUGUUAUAAAUUGUAUGCCCAUGUGUUCUCCUUAAUAAAAGUUUGCAAGAAAUGUU